AUGAAUGCAAAGCUUUUUAAAGAGAUCACAGAGCAUAGAUCCUUGACAAGAUUGACUAUAGUAAAGCCUCGUUGUAAAAUACAUGUUUCCAAAUUAUAUUCUUUGAUGCAUCCAACAAAUUCCAAUGACCUUCGAAUUAAUCAACUUCGGUCCCUUCGAACUGUGCGUUACACCAAUCCAUACGCUACGCAAAUAGCCAAAAUCUCUAAAUCACUUUCCUCUCAAAAUUCUGAAAGUCAUGAAUCCCAAGACGUUAUCCGUUUCGACAAGUCUCUUCAAGAACUUAGAGACCUGCGUUCUCAGCUCCAUUACGCAGCCAAUUACUGUGAAACAACUUUCUUGAAUACCAAGCACAAGAAAAAGGUUGUGGAAAACACAAAAGAGUACCUAUCUAGAGCGGUGGUUGCUGUUGUUGAUCAUCUUGGAUGCGUCUCUGCUAAUCUUAACAGCAGCAUUUCUAAGAAUAGUGAAUUUUCUGAGGCUGAGCUUAGAAUUAAUUGCUUAAAACAAGUAACAAUCACUAGUGUUGAGAAAUCAAAUGAAGAUGUAAGAGAUUCUAAUUCUCAAGUUUCCACAAAAGUACCGUUGAACAAGCAGGCAGGGGACCUGCCUCUUUUCUUGCACACCUGCACUCAAAAAUCAACCUCAACCAAGAAUUUAUGGUCGGCAACUUCCACUGAGAAAGGGGACACUAAAUUAGUAUUGCCUGUUCGUGAUGGCCUUUCAAUACUCUCAAGAAAUCCAAAUCCCACUUUUCAUUUUCAGCAAUGUUCCCCGAAGCAUGGCCGGAGCACCUUAAUCAGAAAAUCAUCACCACACACUAACGACCUCUUAUCACUCAUUCGCCGGUCCAAACGAGCAACAUAA